AUGGCUGACAAGGAGAUAUUGGAAGCGGAUGUGUAUCGACUGCGCGGACGCGUGGAUGAACUGGAGACGGCUCAGGCAAAGAGUGUGCUUAGGCAAAAGACUGAAGUUGAUGCUGCGGCCAAGUCGGCGGUUGCUUCUUACCUGUUGUCUCCCGCCUUCCGUAAGAUUGAUGAUGCCAAACGCUCCAAAGUGAUUGCUGAUACGGUGGCUUUGAUCCGACAUUUGUUCCGACGUGAGCAUCCUGAUCUGGAGUAG